AUUGCUUGAAUUAUGUAUCACCGGUUUUGUUUAAAAAACUAAUAAUGAUGCGGGGAUUAGUCAAGCGUGAAUGGAGGCUAAUAACCCAGGUUGUAAGUCCUGUUAAUUUACAAUGGACGCGAUGUACAACUAAAACUGCAUCCUCCAAUAAUGAAGUAAUUGCAGAAAUGAGAAGUGCUUCGCCUUGUGACAAUUCGAUAGUACCAGUAUCUCAGGUGAAGGAUAUUAGUGGGCCUGUUAGUAAAGACAAUGUGAUAUUCCCAGCGACAAAUAUAAUACCCGAUAACCAUACCUCAUGGCUGCCGAGUCCAUACACUGCCAUUGGGAAAACAAUCAGUCAAUACAAAAAACUUUCAAAAUUUCGGCUUACAUCUCUGGUUGUUGUUACCACAAUGGGUGGAUAUGCGAUGGCACCUGCUGCGUUCGAUCUUAGUUCGUUUGCUAUGUGCACGUUGGGAACAGGAAUGAUUUCAGCUGCAGCUAAUGCAAUAAAUCAAUAUCAUGAAGUUCCUUUCGACUCCCAAAUGUCGAGAACGAAAAACCGUGUGCUUGUAACCGGCCAAAUUACCCCACUUAAAUCAGUACUGUUUGCCGCUGUGUCUGCGUCAACUGGACUAUGCAUGCUGUAUUUUGGUGUUAAUGGACUAACAGCGGCUCUAGGAGCGGGAAAUCUUUUUCUUUACACAUCAAUAUACACACCAAUGAAGCGGAUUAGUAUAGUCAACACGUGGAUUGGAUCAGUAGUUGGCGCAAUUCCACCUUUAAUGGGCUGGGCCGGUUGCGCUGGCAGUCUAGAUUCAGGCGCAAUGAUACUGGCUGGUAUACUGUUUGCUUGGCAGUUCCCUCAUUUUAAUGCCCUUUCAUGGAACCUGCGACCGGACUACUCUCGCGCCGGGUAUCGCAUGAUGGCGGUUACUAAUCCGAGUCUAUGUCGUCGUACAGCGUUCCGAUAUUCACUAGCCAUUGUCGGACUUUCAUUAAUGGCGCCAGUUCUAGACGUUACAAACUAUUGGUUUGCUUUGGAAACAAUUCCCUUAAACGCGUAUUUCGCAUACUUGGCGUAUAAAUUUAACAAAAAGUCAGAUAGCAAAAGCUCGAGAAGCCUUUUUAGGUUUUCACUACUGCACUUGCCAGCUUUGAUGCUAUUAUUUUUGGCAAAUAAAAAAGAAUGGUAUUUUAAAAAGAACGCAGAAGAAGAAACAAUAAAAACAGAUUCAAACUAUAUGGUUUUGAAGCCAUCAAAAACUGCAACAAGUCUUGGAAACGUUUUACCUGUCGCUGUAGCCGAAGGACCCAGAUAAUUUUACAUAAUUUAUGCAUUAUUAAGACUUGUAAAAAUGUAAUUUAUAGUUAAAUAUAAUUUAAGCUAGUCCUUUGACUUGUAAAAUAAAAGUUGUAUUCUGGAGCUUUAUUAUUCAGUUUAUAUUGAUUGUAAAA